AAAAGUCCCUCUGCAGGACUCCAGGAACGCCAGCGCGGGCGGCGCGAAUGAUGUUGAACUUUUCUUGGUUUUCGUUGAAGCUCGAGGUGUACCAGUUAAAGUAAUCCAUGGACAAAGUUUCUCAACUGCUUUGCUUCUGUACUUCUGUGCUAGCAACGAUGACCGCCCUGCCGCAGUCUUAUUGUUAUGAUCGACGUGGUCAUCCCUCAAAACGCUUGAAAGCACGUGUUAAACAAACGCAGGCAGAUAAAAUUCGUCAACUUAACUCUAGCGCACGCUUCUGCCGUGUUCAACAAACUCGGGGUGUCUGCUACAGAUUUCCCUGCCUCUAUCGGAAGCCAGGAGACGAGUCUGUGCUACUUAGGACGUGUGCAGCAUGCGAGCCACAUCGGUGGGAUCAAGUGAAUGUAAGUUCUUUGUGGUCGCCCAAUUGAGGUGAGUGCUUUCACCAACAAAGGCUGGAAGCGGGGACUCCUAAGCUUGUCAAGCACUAUUUCUGUUGUAAGCACAGCAUUUGCAACAAGUUCACACGGAAACUUCAGCCCGCCCCUCGUCACACUCAUAACUAGGACAUUUUUACCAAUGUCUACCCCUGCAUCAUCCAUCACAAGGUUUUCUUUGCACGACUGACACAGCUUCUUUAGUGCUGCAUGAGCACAGUAACCUGAAACAUGGGUUACAGUUGGAAGCCUUGCCACUUUUUUUUUUUUUUCAAUAUCGGUAACUGCGACAUCAAACUGGCACUAAUGGCAGGGACACUGCACAGCACGUCAAUAAUCUGGCAACUCGAGCAUUUUCUACAACCGAAGCUUUGUCUCUUGACUCGUAAAUCUGUCUUAUUGACAUAUGAUAGUUGCAGGGUUCGUACAGGUUGAAAAGAAGGAAAUUCCAGGGUUUUUAAGGAAUUUCAAGCUCCCCAUGGAGAAUUUUUCAAUGCCCUCUUUUAGGGUCCUUAAGCCCAUACUAUAUGUAAAAGUUCUUAAAAAAUGUUUGCUUAUUUUGAAAACAUACAUACAAUUCAUAAAGACGAAAAGAAGGGAAGAAGGCGAUAGGUAGAAGAGAAGGAAGCUAAGGACGACAGAUCACAGACUUAAGUAUAACAAAAACAAAAAAUAGAGUACAGUGGGAUGACAAGAAAAAAUUUUUGUUGUUAGUGCAGGUUGCACUAACUACAAAAGAAUACCAUAAGAAAGCGAGAUUUUUCGCUCGCAAUGAAAAAGUACGCUACAAAUGGGAAAUCGAAUUCGGACAGCGCGAUGAGUCGGAUCACUUCAAAAAACAAUGCUGCAAGAAAGUCGGACAUUUUUAUUGCACAAAGCGAACAAGCAAAAUUACGUUUAUCACACGCAUAAAACAAGAAAUAGUAGUCUUAUAAAAUUGUUCAUAUUGCACUAAAGGUUUGGCACACAAAACAGUAUAUAUUGGUCGAUCUUGAGAGCAAUAAGCUAAUAAUGUUCGUGUAGCCAUUACUCAACCAGUACAUUCUUUUAACAUCAACGGCCUAGCUAGAACACAUCGGUUUCGAGCUGCCACCGAAACAUACGAUGGAGAGAUGCAGCGAACACUGGCUAGCUGUGGCGCCUGUACUAAUUUCAGAAAAAGGAGAUAUCGCUGCAUAUGCACGAGAGAUGUGAAAAGGGCUACCACCAGAGAAAGACGAACCGAAAAGGCACUGCAAUGUGUGGGAAUGAGCGUCUACAGCUUGCGCGGAACACAAUGCAGAGAUAGCAUGCACGCAUGAGAGCGCGGUGCGCUGUUCACGACGGGCCAGAAGCCUUCAGGGGACACACACAAAAUUUUCAGAUGGUCUGGCGCUGCUCGUAUUGCACCACCUCGCAAGGUGGAACGGUGCUUUAUAACCUUAGAAGAUAACGCUAGAAGUAAUGGUGAUCGGUGGACCGUAGCCAGUUGGCUGAGGGAGAGCUCUGUUCGAUUCGUCUACACCACUUAAACCCAGUUCACGGUGGUGCACGGCGACUUCCGCACUUUUGCAGCGCCAGUUCAGUGGUGCAGCUGCAGCGCGACACUAGCACCACGGAAAAAAGAAUGCCAAGGUGCAGGUGUUGUGCAGUCCUUCUGUGUCGUGUCGCCCAUUGUUUAUGCGCCGGUGAAUUUGCAGGUAACUUGUGUUAAUUGCGUUGCACUGUUUGUGGUUGUCAUAGAAAAAAUUGUUCAUAUCUGUUUUGUGUGUGUGUGAGCAUCGCUGCUGCACUGAACGACGACGAUGAACUGUGCCACACUGUCAACUCUCGUUCAAGUAGCCAUGGACCUUGUGGACUCGAACAGUGAAGAGGAGUUCAAUGACUUGUACCCUAGUUACACGGGCGUGCUAAUCGGAGUUAAGACGCACCUCAGUUAACCGGACUGAACUAUGGUUACCGUCAACUACAGUUGACAUAUGUUACACGGGAAAACCUGUCCUCAGAUAGAGCUGUUAAGCAGGUCACGUGAUACUCAGUACUGUGAAUGAAAAAAUAAUUCUUUAGCUGUUCUUUCUAAUUAUUUUGACAAAAAAAGUAUCUUCUUUAAAAUAUACCCGUCGUGUUAGCAUCUGCGCUGUCUGAGCAUACUGAUUCAAUUGCUUUUGCGGUGUUUGGCAGCAGCCAGAGCCAGUCAGCCAAUGCCUGGCCAAGUCUAGUUUGCGGUUGGUACGAAAGCCAAGACAAUCCAUUGCUCGAUUGGGAUUUUUGCAGAGUGCGCUGGUGGAUUAGCUGUGAUCCCUGUUAUUGGUUCGUUGCUUUUCUGUUUUUGGCGAGACUGUAUGGUAUUGCUUCGUUUUUUUUUAUUUGUCGUUUCUGCCAGCUUUGAUCUGGUGACGCGAAGUGCGAACUGUGCGAUGUCCAUGAGCAAGCGUUAAUCGUGUGACGGGGACGAAGACCUCGACGACUUUUUCAUUAUGUUUGCCGCUCAACGAACAGUGCUGCACGCCAAGCAGAUGGAAGUGCUCCGUGUAAUACAAUACAUUGAGGUACUUGAACAGGAAAGAGAGAACGCUGAAAUGCAGUGUCGUCAACUCGUCGCCACGGCUGUUUGGUUUUGUUCCCGUGAGCGGCAUGUGGUGGUCUGAUUCACGUGGUAUGAAGAAACGCUCCCGCACUUUCCCGAGAGUGUAUUCAGGGAAAACUUUCGACUCAAUAGGUGCACGUUCCGAUAUAUUGUGAGUGUGUGCAAAUGAGCAUGCGCCGAGCCAUCCCUUUGGAGAAGCGCGUGACGAUUGGGUUGUAUCGGCUGGCUAUAUCCGCCGAAGACAGAACUGUGGCCAAUCUCUUUGGCAUCAGCCGUUUGUCGGUUAACAUAAUAUUCCGUGAGUUCCGCAGUGUUGUUGUGCGACGCCUAGAACCGUGGUACGUGCGUUUCCCUUCAGCACAAGGGCUGGCAGAGCACCUGCGUCAGUUCACCGCUGUUGCAGGGUUUGCUCAAGGAAUUGGCGCCCUGGAUGGCUGUCAUAUUGAAGUCUGCCCUCCGAAAGAACACGCUGCCGACUACUUCAACUAUAAGGGGUGGUACAGUACCAUUCCUCUCGCUGUUGUUGAUCACCACUACAGAUUUAUGUACACGAACGUUGGGUCACCGGGUCGAAUACAUGAUGCAGCAGUGUUCGAGCGGUCACGUUUGCCAAGUGUACUGAGCAGCAAUUUGUUCAGAUUGAAUGGCAAAUUAGUUGAAGGGAUAUCGGUUGGGCCUGUUCUUUUGGCUGACCAGGCCUUCCCUCUGCAGCCUCAUUUGAUGAAACCUUUCCCAAGGCCAGGUCCCACUGGCUCAGUAUCGCAUGUUUUCAAUUACAAUCUGUCAUGUGCUAGACGUAUUGUGGAAAAUGGCUUCGGGCGACUGAAAGCGCGGUUUCGAAUCAUGCAUAAGGGCCUGGAAUGUGAUAUUGACAACGUAAACUGCAUCAUCCGUGCUUGCUGUGUUCUGAACAACACUUGUGAGCAGCUGACCAAUCACUGUGAUGCAAGCUGGAUUGAAGUUGCGCGUAGUGAAGAUGCAAGGCGGGCUCAGCCAGUAUGUACAAGCAGUCGUAAUGAGCCACUAGGAGUGGAAGUGAGAGAGGCACUUGCAAAGCACAUUGCAGCACGCAGGACCACCUAAGUGUUUUAACUCCGCACAAUGCCUCAUGCACCAGCAUUGGGCAUUGACAAGCACUCCACGUAUAUGCUAUGUGCUGCACAAAUUGUAUUUUCACAGUUUGUGAGAAUUGUGCAAGACGUUGCAUGUCUACUACAAGAAAGGUCUCGCUUUCAGUGCAGUGCUCGAUGAGGAAAGUUUUCUCUCAUACAUGACAACCAUGGACAUUACUCCUUGCUUUCCAGUGUGUUAUGAACAUUAUUUAGCAUGCAGUGUAAAUGUAUUGUCUCCUUUGGUUUUCUUACACUCGCUUGUGUAUGUUUUAGUGCUGUGUACAAAAGUGACAACAAGCAGUGCAGGGUGCCUUGUGGCAGUUGCACGUGCACUUAUGACUGCACUCUUGAUAUUUUUUUGUGUUGCGUAUGACUGGUAGGCCACAGAAGGCUGGAGUGCAUGACUGCUUUUUUAUAUUCAAAGUCAAAGGCACCGGCAGAUGGAAGCAUUCUGGGGAUAAAAUUUGUAUAAACAGGGAUAAAGUGCCUCAUAAAGGCUGACUGGCGUUUCGAUAGGUGGACCUAUCUUGUUCAAAGGCUGAUUUGCACAUGGUGUGCUUUUUAUAUUGAAAGCCAGGCUUUCUUACGGAAAUAAAUACCUUCAACAGUGAAACUUUGCCUCACCUAUUAAAAGAAAAUAGCAAUAGGUCUGGUUUAGAAAUUUCGUGCAAACAAGUACAAGUGGAUGUAUGGGACAUCCAAAAUGAGUACUUUUAUGAACGAGUUUGAGGAUAGCAUAACAGAAAUAAUGUUGAUUCAGGCUUUAUUUUGCCUUGAAGCAAAAUAGCUUUUCAUCAUUUCUGCCAUAUUCUUAUUGAUGUUAUUUGCCUCUUUCUGGAGCUCCAGAAGCUCCUUGCGCAGCUUAAG